UCUAAAAACUCUGAAGAAGCCUUUAUUUCACCUUAUUUGUGGAGGAUAUUUUUAUGGUACAGAAAUCUGGGUUCACAAAUUUGCUUUUAGCUCUAUAAGCAUGUUGCUCUACUGUCUUCUCACAUUGUUUCUGACAAGAAAUCUGUUAGAAUCCAUAUCUUUUUUCCUCUAUAUGUAGCAUAACUUUGUUUUCCCUCUGGCUAUUUUUAGAAUUUUUUAUUUCUUAGAAUUUUUAAAACAAUUUUACUAUUGAGCAAUGUGAUUAUGAUGUGUCUAGGUGUGGUUUUCUUCGUGUUUCACAUGUUUGUGUUUUGUCUAACAUUUUGGCCCUCUGGAUUUACAGUUUUCAUGAAACUAGAAAACUUUUCAGAUGUUAUUUCUUCAAAUAUUUUUUUCUGUUCCCCAUCUCUCUUCCUCUUUGAAAAUUCCAGUUCUAGUUAUAUUAAGCCUCUAAAGUCUCACAGCUCACUAAUGCUGUUUUCAUUUAAAAAAAAUUUUUUUUUGACCAGGUGUGGUGGCUCAUGCCUGUAAUCUUAGCACUUUGAGAAGACUGAGGUGGGUGGAUCAUGAGGUCAAGAGAUCGAGGCCAUCCUGGCUAACAUGGUGAAACCCCAUCUCUACUAAAAAUGCAAAAAAUUAGUUGGGCAUGGUGACACAUGCCUGUAGUCCCAGGUACUCGAGAGGCUGUGGCAGGAGAAUCACUUGAACCCAGGCGGAGGUUGCAGUGAGCCGAAAUUGCGCCACUGCAUUCCAACCUGGCAACAGAGUAAGACUCCAUCUCCAAAAAAAAAAAAAAAAAAAAAAAGUUUCUAUAGAUAUAUCUUCAAGUUCACUGAUCCUUCCUUCUGCAAGGUCUAAUCUUCUGUUAAUCCCAUACAAUGUUUUUGCCAUCUCAUACAUUGCAGAUUUUUAGGACCUCAAUUUUAGUAUUUUUAAAAUAUCUUCCAUGUAUGUCUCUGCCUAAUUUUUAAAAUAUAUGAAAUAUAUAUAAUAAUUGGAUAUUCUUGUUUGCUAUAACAUCUAUGUCAGUACAGGUUGCUUUUGAUUGAUUUUUUUUCAUUGAGGUCUUAUUUUUCCAUUUUUCUACAUGCCUAGUUAUUUCUGAAUGCCAGACAGUAUAAGUUUUUUCUUAUUGGGUGCUUGAUAUUUUUGUAUUCCUGUAAAUAUUUUUGAGCUGUUUUGUGACAUAGUUCAGUUAUUUGAAAACAGUUUGGACUGUUGGGUUUUACUUUUAAGAUUUGGGAUGUGGUAGUAGAGGUGUGCUCAGUCUAAAGACAUUAAUUUCGAACCACUAUCAAUGAACAAUGAACCAAUACCCUAUGAACCAGGAAGUUUUCCAGUCUGACUGGUGGGAACACACCACUUUCCAGAUCCUGUGAUAUACUGGAUGCUGCUGCCUCUAAUCCUUUCAGUUUUUGGUUUUGUUUUUGUUUUUGUUUUUUUCAUUAGCUUGGAUAGUUUUUUUUUUUUCAUUAACUUGGAUGUAAUGAAAAAUAAUCAGCUAAAUAUUUGCAGGGGGUCCUCGGCAGAUUUCUGGAAUUCUCCUCGUGUGCCUUCUCUCCUCAUGGCACCCUGUCUUGUGAACUUGAGCUCCUUUGGUCUCCUCAGAUUCUCAGUUCCACUUCUUCAACCAGGGAAUCUGCCAGGUUGUCUGGUCCUGCAUCACAGCCUGGAAACUCACUCCAGGCAGUAAGCUGGGGCAAUCCUAGGGUCACCUCAUUAAUAAACCUGUCUCCUAGGGAUCAGUGUUCUCCGUUGUUUGAUAAUCAGUAUCUCAAAAACUGUUUAUAUUCUGUUAGCUUUUUGGUUGUUUCAGGAGAGUAAAAUCAGUCUCUCUUAUUUCAAUUUGAUCAAAAGAAAAGGCCCUGUCCAAUAUGUUUUUAUGCAAGUACCUUUGUGCAUAUAUAUUCUAGAGUCAAGGUCUAUUGCUUGUAAGUAAGACCCUGUAUGAUACAUCCUCUUUGAAUCCAUCAAUCCCUCCAAAGGUCAGAAUCAGACUUUGAAUAUUUUCCUGUUUCAAAGGGUUCCAUUGUCUCCUUCUGAGCCGCCCAUUAAUAUCCUGUCACCUGGAGCAGGUGCCUCCGUCUGUCAGGUGAUUUGCAGAACAUGGAUAAAUGACUUUUGCUUUCUUCCCUCCCUCCAAGACUCCCUUCAGCUCACUAACUUUGCCUCAUCUUUUAGGUCUCUGCUUCAAUACCAGCCCUUCAGGAAACACCUUCCCUGACCCUUGGAUUGGAUUGGGACUCCCCUACUAAGCAUUCUCACAGCUUUCUGUGCCUACUUACAUUUUUAUUCCUUUCACUCUAUUGUAAUCACUUGUGCUUUAAAAUCUGCAUCUUUCUUUCAAUCAUGAGCUUCAGAAGGACAGGGACUCCUCUGUCCUGUUCUUUGCUUUAUCCUCUUUGUAGUGACAGGCCCGUGGCAAGUACUCAGUAAAUAUUUGUUGAAUAAGUGAAUAAACAAGCAAGCCGAAGAGUCAGUGAGUGUACUUUACUUACAAGAUGAUCAACCAGGGCCUUCUGGAUGAAUUGAUUGAUCAGGUGGCUCUUGGUUGAUGAUCUUUGAUUUAGUAAUUUUAAAAUGCAAAAGCACUAGCAACUUAAGUGGAGAGGAAGUUGUGAUUCCCACUGCAGGGAGAGGAGGGCAGUUUACUCACUGAGAGUGAUUUCCGGAGACCACCACCCACAGGGAAUAAGCCUUAUUUCUCCAGAAGGGAAAGCACAUAAUGUCCAAACAAGUCAGACCUGGAAGGAAGCUUCAGAAAUCAGUGAGUUCAACUCUUUCUUCUACAAAGACAGAACAGAAAGGAGACCUGCUGAGGUUAUGAGGUUGUUUGGUGGCAGAAUCUGGACUGGAAACUUAAUCUCCUGAUGAUUCCAUGGUUUUUCCACCCCUUAACUUCCAUAUAGCCCACCAUCCCCACACCAAUUUGAAAUAUAGCCUGGGGAAGUGGAGCCCCAUAGAUAAUUUCUGUCUAUAAUAAUUUCACUGAUUUGUUGGACUUACUUUUCUGCAAAAGGGAAAUACAAUAGCAAGCCAUAUCUUCCACCCAGAAGAGCAUUUUCUUUGUUUGUUUGUUUUUUGUUUUUUUGUUCUUUUUUGUUUUUUUUUUUGUUUUUUUUGAGACGGAGUUUCGCUCUUGUUACCCAGGCUGGAGUGCAAUGGCGCGAUCUCGGCUCACCGCAACCUCCGCCUCCUGGGUUCAGGUAAUUCUCCUGCCUCAGCCUCCUGAGUAGCUGGAAUUACAGGCACACGCCACCAUGCCCAGCUAAUUUUUUGUAUAUUUUUUAGUAGAGACGGGGUUUCACCAUGUUGACCAGGAUGGUCUCGAUCUCUUGACCUCGUGAUCCACCCACCUCGGCCUCCCAAAGUGCUGGGAUUAUAGGCUUGAGCCACCGCGCCCGGCCGAGCAUUUUCUAAUAAAUCCAUGCAUCUGGAACUCUGAAAAAAAUUACUUCUAGAUCUUUUGGGCAAGGUCAAGUGUGGAACUCUGAAAUAUCUCAAAUGUUACACAUUAUUAAUACUAGUGGUCACAAGCAAGUGUAUGUAUAAGUAUCUGCAGGUACCAGCUGAAGCCAACCUAUUUUUAAAGUAGCUGUGAGCUUUAUGAUAUAUAUCCUGAACACACUUCAAUUGCCGUGUGUAAAUCACUACCUGUAUCUGCAAAGAAAAUGUUUUAACCCAGCAUGCUGCCCCGAAACCAACAUCAUUUCCAGCUUUGAACUGAUCCUGGGAUUGCUUUUGCCAGCCAACUACUCUGCAGCUAAAGUGCUACUUUUCCCUUUAAUAAUAGCCUAAGCAACUAUUCCUUUUUAAUGCAAAGUCCUGGAACUUAACAAGCUGAUAACAAGAUAGUGACACAGCUUUUUAGAUCUUUCUGCCCCUGCAAUUUUUAGUGAGUGGGUUACCUAGAACAGCAGUCCAAUAAAGGUUGGACUAGAAUACCAGACAAGUAAAGGAUGAGCUCAUUUCCCCUCUAUGCUGUCAGUCUUUGAACGCAGUGCAACCUAUUGCAAGUCUUCCUGCUUGGGAGGGUCAUGUGGUGCCUCCCACACAUUGACUGUGAACUUGUUCCCAACGAAUGAGUCUGUGGGUUCAUUUGUUGGGAAUGUCAUCUAUUUGAGCAGAUAUCUGCCCAAAUAUUAUCUCAUCACCAGUAAAACCCCGAUCCUAAAGGUGCCACAUGACCAAGAGCUGUUCUGCUAUCAAGCGUGCACAAUCGACGACAGCGAAGGUUGAAGUAAGCAUAAUCUCCAUCCUUUCCAUGGAAGUCUCAUAGUGCUUCUGCUCAUUGUCAGGCAGUCAUAUUAGAGAAAGGUUUUCGUUUUCUUAGCAUGUUCAUUUUGGAGGGAAAUGCAAAGAACAGUGAAGGAGGAAAGGCACCCUUCCUCCCAGGCUUCAAUAGCAUCAACUCAGGGAAUCAAUGAGAUGACAGAUGUUGGAGACAGCUGCCUGAAUAUCCACUCAAUAGUCAGGCUUAAUGAACUAACACAGGAAGAGCAAUUAGAGAAUUCAUUAAUUAUGCUCUAAGUUCACUUUCAUUGUUAAUUCUAAUCCUUUAUUGGGCUAAUGACUUCAGCUUUUCUUAUAAUAAUUUGUGCCUAUCAGGGAAUGAUAACAUCUUCAAAUUUCCAUAAUUGUGUAAAAUGCAAACUAUAUGUGUAGCUCUAGUUCUAAAUUGGACCUAAAGUAGCUUCUAAGGGUACAUAAGAUACUUCAAGAUAACAUAAAUGAGGAGAAAAACAAAAGUAAGAACAUAACAUGGAGUAAAGAAUAAGGCUAAUAUAAAAAUACAAACUACAAAGUCUUAUAUACUUGCUUCAGGUUCUAUUUUAUAAGUAGGAAUAGCUCAGCUAGCUCAGCCAAUAUUUUCACCCAUUAACAAUGCACAGACAUUUGUUUGGUCCUACAAUUAAACAUGCACCGCAGUAGCUCCACUCUAACUCAAUAGUUUGCUAAUUGUUUGUCUUUGUUAUUCUUGCAUAACAUGCUAUCCUGUAUUCUUUAAGCAUCUAUCACACACACAAAAAAAGAAAUUCCUUCAGUGAAAACAACAUAAUGAAAAUGCACUUUUAUUCCCUUUAUGUACUCUGGCCAGCUUCUAAAAAAUCAUAAUGAGAUUUUGCACCACUCAACUCUAAGGUGGUCAGUCUUGCUUCUGAACCAAUAAAUAUGCACUCAUUUGCAUACUCUCUUUCCAUCCCUCUUGAGCUCACCAUAAUGACACAAGAGCCUCCUUGCUAGGCACAAAAACUGUUUCAAGAUGUCUCAAGCCGAGAAAGGGCCACCUGCAUUCAUUCUGGUUAAGACUUUUAGUUAUCCUACCACUCAAGUCUUCCCGAAAAAAGUUCAAAAGGUGUUCAUCUGAAUCAUUCAUGCUUUUGUUAUCCUUGACCUAAAGCAAUGUGGUAGUUUUUUUGUGUGUGGGGGCUGGUGGUGGGGCAUAGGUUGAAGAACUUUUAUUUUAAAAACAUGUAUAUGCUCCAAUAUUUCAAUAAUAUAUGGAUUUUUAUUAUACUCUAAAGCUGUCCUUGAUAUUACAUAUGAGCUAAGUUCUAACAUGAAGUAUUGUAAAAAGAAUGCAAUUAAUUUUAAAAAUCUAACAUUUUGAUCAAAAAGAAACCCAUAUAUGAAAAUAUAAUUUCACAUAAAUGUAAGAUUUUUAUAUUGUUCAUCUUGUAUUACAUAAAGUAGUAAAACAUACAGGUUAAUUUACUUCGAAGCUGGUGUAAAAUGCCUAACUAAACUAUAGAAAACAAUUACAGCAGCAUAAUUUUAUUUGCAUCUAUAAGUAUUAUUUUUGUGAUUUCAGAGCCAGAAAAUGCAUGACACAGGAGAAUAUGCACCCUCCUUUCAGUGAGAGAUGUGCAAAUCAACAUCAACACAGAGCUGCUGAAGAAAAAAGAAAGUGUGUCUAUGUCUCUGAAAAGCAGCUUAUUCACUGGAGAUAUGAAGAGUCAUCCACACAUCACAAUUCUAUAGACAUCAAAUGUAUGAGGCAUUUCAGAUCUGCUUUAAGGGUGAGGCAGACUUUCCAUCUGGACACAGCCAGCCAUCCCUGUAUCAUUACAAUGUAUUCAGCACUUCCCUGGAAGCUGAGAGGGUCAAAUUCAACUUCAGCUCUGCCACUUGCUGCUUAACUUUUUGUUUAACCUUGGGCAAGCUGCCAUCCCACAUGAGGCCAAAGGUGUCUGGUUUUUAAAAUAUGGAAGUUGGGUUCCAUGAGAUUAUCAAUAUACUGCUGGUGGGCCAAACUCCAUCUCCCACUUGCUUUUGUAAAUAAAGUUUUAUUGAAUCACAAACAUGCCCAUUAGUUUACUCUUGUCUAUGACUACAAGGGCAAAGGUGAAUAGUUGUUACAGAGACCAUCAGGCUCACAAAGCCAAUAUUAUUUACUAUCUGCCCAUUGACAGAAUAAGUUUGCCAGCCCUAGACUGGAUGAUUUUUUUUUUGAGUUCUUUCUAAUUCUAGAAUUCUUUAUAUAUUUUAUGAAACCCCUAAUGUUUAUAUAUUAAUUCUUUACUGAGUUCCUCCUAUGAAGCAUAUAUCAAGAUAUAUGUGUGGUACAUUAACUAAACUUUGUAACAGUAUCUUAAAUAGGAUUUCAAUGAUUAACAGCUCUUGGAAAUAUCCAAGGUAACAUUUUGGGGCAAAUGUCUUAUGAUUUGAUUAUCAUUGGUAAAUAGAGCAUAUCUUUUUUUCUAUUAAUGAUGUUUAAGAAGUUAAAAAAAAAAUCAAGAAAACCCCGUAUGGCACUGGAGACUUACUGCAUUAAGACAUCAUCUUAACAGAUUGUUUGGUUUUGGUAAUAUAAUUUGACAUCUAAACAUAAGCUGAGAGGGAUCUCCCUCCAAACCUCUGAUAAUAUGAUUCAUUGUCAAAUGUUUGUUUUGCCUAUCUGGCACUCAUUAAUUAAUUCUUUUUAAUAUAGCUUGGAUUUACUGAUUUUGAAAAAGAGAAUUAUUCUUAUUGAUGUUGCUAAAAUAUCCAGGUGGCUUGAAUUUCACCAACUAGAUAGUUUAAUCUAGCACAUUUGUGUAGCCCUAAUCAAAUCUUUACUAACAGAUGUGAGAAGCCCAGUACUGGAGCUAAUGUUUGUGUCUCAAUGAUAAUUAAAUUAGCUUAAUAAGGAAAAUAAAUGAACAAUAAUCACCAAAAUUUUUUCCUAAA